CCACCACCUUCACCCCGUUCCUUCCACCACCACAACCACCCCAUCAUUAAUAUAAUUAUUAAUAGUUUUUCCUUUAUUUGAAUUUUCAUAGCAUUUUUCAUUGUGCAACUAUAAAUACAUGUCUCCCUCAACCUUAAAUUCAUCCCAUAGUACACCUCUCUUCUAUCCACACACUUUAUUCCAAAAUGGUAUCAUUCAAUUUCAAAACCUACUUACUGACAAUCAUUCUGGCCGGAAUUCUCGCCGGUUCCAACGGUGCUUCGGUCUCUAAUAUUGUGACACAGUCCUUUUUCAAUGGGAUAAUCAAACAAGCUUCUGCUGGAUGUGCAGGGAAAAGCUUCUACACCAGGUCUGCGUUUCUUAAAGCCACCGGUUCCUACCCUUCAUUCGGCACUACUGGAACUACUGACGAUUCUAAGCGCGAAAUUGCUGCUUUCUUUGCACAUGCCACGCAUGAGACUGGACAUUUUUGCUAUAUUGAAGAGAUAAAUGGUGCCUCUAGGAACUACUGUGACAGUUCAAAUACCCAGUACCGAUGUGCACCAAACAAGAAAUACUAUGGAAGAGGUCCUCUUCAGCUGUCAUGGAACUACAACUAUGGUCCUGCAGGCAGAAGCAUUGGGUUCGAUGGACUAAACAACCCCGAAAUUGUGGCAAAAGACCCAGUUGUGUCAUUCAAGACAGCCUUGUGGUUUUGGAUGAACAAUGUUCACUCUAAAAUGAAUUCUGGAUUUGGUGCAACAAUUCGUGCCAUCAACGGUAACCUUGAGUGCAAUGGUAAAGACUCGAAUUCAGUCAGUGCUCGUGUUAAGUACUACACUGACUAUUGCAAACAGUUUGGCGUUUCUCCUGGUAAUAAUCUCCGCUGCUAGGAUGCUAACAAAAAUUAGCAGACAUGGAAGCUUGCUCUUCAGUACCUUGUAAUAAAUUUGGCAUACAUGGAAGAAAAAUAAAUUGUAGUAAUGCUUCUGCAAUGAAUAAAAAGAGCUCUAGGUACAUGUUUGGUCCUAAUAUAAAAA